AUGCCUCCAGUAUUCUCAUCCUGGCAAGACAAGCUCCAGCACGAGUGCCGCAGCUUCAGAGACAAAUUGGAUGCCCAGUCCCAUAUUCUCCAGCACGAUCCAGAUGGUCGAGGAGCGGAGCGCCACAUAGAUGUCUCUCGGGCGGUAGUAAAGCUGUCUGCUCAGGCGGAUCGGAUCAUAGACAUUGCACUUUGUAUGGUUUCCGAUGCUCCGGAUAGCGAUAUUAUUCGUCGGAAUACUACCUUUUGGUGCCGUGAGGAGAAUGGUCGUUACAAGUUCGAGAACGUGUUCGUUACCAUGGAGCAUGACUUGGUCCAUGUAGUGUUGGCUCUUAAGAAGGACCCGUGUCAGUGCAAAUGUAAUUAUAUGGGUGCGCGUCUUGAUAGGAUCGCACGGAAGGUUGCAUUUAACCUUAACGUUUAG